CGGGCCCGCUCCGUCCCCGCCGCGUUAGCAUUAGCCGCGGAGCUAACGGGGAUGCUAACGCUGCUAAUUUGCAUGACAACAGCGAAAACUAAUAUUAGCCUCCUGCAGCCAAUCGAGGCGGCACCGGGAGCGGGGGUUUGAGCGCGCCGGGUUCCCGUUUGUCGGUUUUUCACGGCGAUCGGACGGUCUGACUGAACAUUUCUUUGUGUGAUUAGCUUUCUCCGGCUAGCAGCGUUAGCCCCCGUCUUGUUGUUCUUCGGGGAGGCGAGCAGCUGUGGAGUUGGGGGAUUGUUGCUUUUGUUGUCUGCGCGCUCUGGAAAAGCUGUUUUUAGUGUAACAUUACGGACCUUCACCGUUUAAGUCGUGUGGAGCGGGCGAUGUUUUGCCAGUGAGCCGUGGCCAUGGAGGGCAAGGGUCCAUAUCGCAUCUAUGACCCGGGCGGGAGCGAGCCCAAAGAGCAGAGCUACAGGCAGCUGCUGGAGGAGAACAGCAUGCUGCGGGAGAGGAUGAAGGGCCUCAAGAGUCUGGGGGACCUGCUGGAGGAGUCCCAGUCCGAGGCCUCCAGGCUCAGGCAGAGGGUGGAGGAGCUGGUGAGGGACAACGAGGCCCUGAAGUCCAGCAGCAUCGCAGCCAGUCUGUGCACAGGAGGAGGGCCCAUGCACACUGAGGGACUGGGUAAAGUUUGUCUCCACCCCGCCUCGGAGCAGAAGGACGACCAGACCAUCUGUUUAGGGAAAACUCUGCAGCCCGAGAAGCCCAUAGAGGCCUUAUCAGAGUUUGAGGUGGUCAACAUGGAGGGCAAACCGGCCGACGCCUUAACUGCCGGGUCAGUGAUCCCCCUCCUCCCUCAGGAGAACAUCGAGCUGGCCUCUCAGCUCAAACGCCUGGAGAGCUCCUUCAGCAUCUUCGCCGAGGAGUCCAACCCCAACCAGCUGCUGGCCCACCUGGGACGCAUGGCCGUGGAGUUCCACCACCUGUCCUCCAAGGUCCAGAAGAACGAGCAGAGGACCUCACUGCUGCAGACUCUGUGCGAGCAGCUGAGGCAGGAGAACAACGAGCUGAGGAAGAAAAUGGAAGAGGACCACCACAUCCGGAACAGGGACCUGGAGCAGCUCAGGCAGGAGAACCAGAAGUUAAAGGAGCUGGUGACGGGGGGAACCGCAGCCACGCCGCAGCCGGACCCCGCGGAGCCAGGACAAACCAAAGAGGAGCCGGCGAAGGAGGAGACCACGGCCGUACGCGCCAAGAUGGAGGUCAGCACGCCGCAGAAGAGCGGAAAAGCCGCAGAGAAGACGCCGACCAAACAUUGUGACAUCGAGACCUACGAGAAGAAAAUCAAACUGCUGGAGAAACAGAGGAAAGAUGUUUUGGAGGUGAAUAAACAGUGGGACAUCCAGUGGAACGCCAUGAAGACGCAGUUUGAACAGAAGAUCACAGAUUUGCGGCAGCGUUUGGCCGAUUCUCAGAAGACGGUGAUGGAGCUGGAGGCGGAGCGAGAGCAGAGGCAAAGAGACUACGACAAGAAACUGCUCUUAGCCAAAUCCAAGAUCGAAAAUGUCCAGGGGGAGAAGGAGUGUCUGAACUCAGAGACCACGGAGCUGAAGCAGAAGAUUCGCUACCUCCAGGACCAGCUGCUGCCUCUGAGUAAACAGAGAGAGUACCAGGAGAAAGAGAUCCAGAGACUCAACCGGGCGUUGGAGGAAGCCCUGAACCUGCACCCGCCCUCCACGUCCCAGCCUCCUCCGGGACAGAGCAACUUCAGCGACGCAGCCAACAACCUCAAGAAACAAGAGCUGCUCACCCAGAUCCAAGUCUUAAAGGAGCAGGUGAAGAUCUUCGAGGAGGACUUCAGGAAAGAACGCAGCGAUCGUGAGCGCAUGAACGAGGAGAAGGAGGAUCUGAGGAGACAAGUGGAGAGACUACAGGGUCAAAUCACCAAUCUGACCAACCAGCUGCACCAGGCUCAGAACGAGUGUCAGAGAGAGAGGAGCGAGAGGUGUAAACUGGAGAGACUUCAGAUGCAGCACCACAAACAGGGGCAGACUCAGGACAGACGUGACCCCCCCGCUGUAGGCCCCGCCCCCGUGCUAGGCCCCGCCCCCCUCAGCCCGCCGUACUGCGGGCCGUUUGUGCAGGUGCAGGGGCAGGGGCUGGAGGCGUGGCCCAUUCACUUCCCCCCGAGGAUCGCCACGGCAACAGGGCCCACAGCAGCCCCGCCCCCUGUCCGGGACUACCCGCCCACCGCCGCGCAGGGUUUCCCGUGGCAGUCGUCCUUCUCUCAGCCCAGAGGAGCCAGAGCCGUGGGGGAGAGUCUACGACCGCCUCCAGAGAACGCAGAUCCGUCGGCAGCGGCCACAGUGGCGCCCCCUGCUGCCGCUGCAUUUGCGAAGCGCGAGCGUCAGCCCGCGGACCCCGGGAAGCACUGAGGCCCGCGGCGCCGGCGGCUUCUCUUUCCUACUGUAGAUAUCGACCGUGUGUUUAUACUUGGUUUUCUAAAGCUCUUUGUGGACACUUGGCUCUUCUCUACACACAUGGAUUUGAUUUCCCUCUUUUUUAUGAUCAGGAUUUGGAGUUGUUUGUUAAAUAGGUUGGAAUAUGUGAUCGUUCUUUCUGCAAAUAUGUAAAAAAAAAAACACAAAAAAGUGGCACUUAGUUUUGUAGGGUUUGAACAAGCCAUUCCCCGGGUCAGAUAUAGGACUCCAUUCCAGCCAUACUCAUGUGAACGUGACGACAGCGCACGCCGCCGCGGGAACUCAGCCUCAUAAAAUACAAAUAAUUAUACAUCAUAAACAGUGGAAAUAUCCCUCUGUAACACUUUUAAUCAUGUUUAAUUUACUGUUUUUGUUCGCCCAAGCCUCACUUUUCAUUUAGUUUUGAAACAAGAGCAGCUCAUUCAGUAAUUAAUUUCCAAAAAAACACAAUUACAAUUUAAAGUGCAUAUGGCAGGUCUUUGUAUUUUUCAAAUUUUGACUUUUAAAUCAGUCCAGAGGCAGUUUAUGGACAAAAAAAGUUGAAAAAUAAAACAAAAAUACUGAAAGAGUAGCGCCAUCUUCAAAAAUAAAAAGAGGAAUACUGUAAAUAAAAUAAUAAUAAUUUGUCUAAUAAUCAUAACUAUUGUGUAAUUUUGACAUGUUUGGACCAUUGAAAAUAAUAAAAUAAAAUAAAUAAAAUUACAGCUACAUAUAACCAGGAGGUAGUUUUUUAAAUUAUUUUUUUUAUUUUAUUAUUUUAUUUAUUUAUUAUUAUUAUUAUUAUUUUUUGUUAUUAUUUUAUUUUAUUUGUUAUACAUUUUUUUAUUAUUUCAAUUUUUUUUUUUUUUUUUUUUUUUGGAAGUGAAAUUAUAAACUUUUUAAAACUUUGCUGAAACAAAAACAACAACAAAAAAUAGAAAGUAAAAAUUUUUAAAUGAACUAACCUGUCAUAUGCACUUUAAAUUAAAAUACAAUAAAAUUGAAAAUACGAAAUAAAAAGACUUAAUAUUGUCCCUAUUUUGAAAACAGAAAACUAUUUAAAAUUAAAAAUUAAAAAAACGCUUAAUGGUAUUAAUUAAUCCACAUUUAAUUUGGUAUUUUUUACUCAAUUCCUUCAACAAUUCUCAACGUUGACAAGCGAAAAAAGCACAACGAAAAACCAAUUAACUCAAAAGUACAAUUACAAUUUCUCACCGCGUCGCCGAUAAAACAAAACUAUCCACGACGAAAAUUCACGUAAAAAAUUUCCCACGUCACGAAGCUUUGUUCCCCGAAACGUGCGCUGUCCGUCUUCAUCGAUGUUCUACGACUGUCCCACGCAAACCGACGAUGGGAAAUUGAAUUGAAUUUAUUUUAUUUUUUUUAUAUUUUUAGUUUUUUUUUAUUUUUUUGGAUUAUUUUCUAAAGCAAAGAUGCGAUUGUGAUUAUUUAUUUAUAUCCUGCUGUUUUUUGAUAGUUCCAUUGGAUCCGUGUGCACCAUUGUCCUGGGUAAUGCUGUUUCUCUGUGUCGUAGAUUUAAAAAAAAAAACAAAAAAAAAAAAACUCUCGUAGUAUCGAAAAAAACUCCCCCCCCCAUUUCGUUCGUACCGCGCUCGGACGUUUAAAGACACACACACGAACACACACACACACACGAACAAACACGCGACGUCCACGCAAACCACGCGCGCACGGGCCGUUUCCAUGACGAUGGACCUAAACUCAUUCGCUCGUCCGGCGGCGGCGCGUUCACAGACGUCGCCCGUCACUCUGUUUUUGUUUUUGUUUUAUUUGUUUUUAUUAAAGAGAGGUUGAUGUUUUUUGCAUACCGGAGCUGGUUUCUACAAAAUAAAAAUAAACAAAUUAAUAAAUAGCGACUUUUCGAAAUGUUUUAAAAUUUGGCGAAAAAAAACAACGCAGAAUUUUGAUGAAUUUUUGACGAUUUAAUCAAAGGUGCGUUGUGUAACUUUUCUCGCAGAGGAGUCGUCGCUUGCUGCCGUUUCCCGGAAUGUUCCACAGUAUGACUUGACGCGUAUUUGUCGCUAUGGAAACUGCAGGAGGUGACACCGCAGGGGCCAAGUUACAUGUCAGAUCUGUGGAGAGGCGAGCCCACUCACUGUAAGAAUGCAAAGGCCAUACAUUAACCAACAUUAUUGAGUAAAUUCAAGAUGGAGAUUUUUAAAGCCACACCGGGACAUUCCAGACAAAACUAUAAUAUCUCCAUGGAGACGAGGAGCUGGCAGACCCUCCACCAGAAAAGUUACACAAUGCACCUUUAAUUAAAAAUGUUUGUAAUAGUUUUAUUUAAUAUUAUUAAUUAAAGGUUCUGGUUGAGUGUUCGGUCACCCGUUUCUCUCCGUGGUGAUACUGUCUGGAAUGUUCCACAGUAUGACUUUACACUUAUUUGUCGCUAUGGAAACAGCAGGUGACGCCACAGGGGCCAAGUUACAUGUCAGAUCUGUGGAGAGGCGAGCGCACUCACUGUAAGAAUGCAAAGAAAACCCGUGUUAUUAAGAAAAUGCAAGAGACGUUUAAAGCCACACUGGGACAUUCCAGACAGAACUGUAACAAAACUCCACCAGAAAAGUUACACAGUGCAUCUUUAAUUCAAAAUAUUAAAUAAAAUUGUAAAAACAUAUAUAAAAAUUCUUUGUUUUUCCAAUGUUUGUAACAGUUUUAUUUAAUAUUUUUAAUUAAAUGUUCUGGUGGUGUCCUGUCACCUGCUUCUCCCCUCGUCUGGAAUGUUCCACAGUAUGACUUUACGCUUAUUUGUCUCUAUGGAAACAGCAGGGGACACCACAGGGGCCAAUUUAAAUGUCAGAUCUGUGGAGAGGCGAGCCCACGCACAGUUAGAACGCAAAGAAAACUCAUGUUAUUGAGUAAAGGCAAGAUGGGUAGGAUUAAAGCCACACUGGGACAUUCCAGAUAAAACUGUAACAUCUCCAUGGAGACGAGGAGAUGGCAGAUCCUCCACAAACGUUACAGAGUGCAGCUUUAAUUAAAGAUAUUAAGUAGAAUUGUUAAAAAAUUAUCAAAAUGAUGUGUUUUCUCCACAUUUUUAAACAAUUUUAUUUAACAUUUUUACUUAAAGGUUCUGGUGAUCUUGUCUGUAAUGUUCCACAGUGUAGCAUUACAUGUGUUUAUCUCUACGGAGACAACAGGUGACGCCACAGGGGCCAAGUUACGGGUCAGAUCUGUGGAGAGGCGAGCCCACUCACUGUAGGAAAAGUGCAAUAAAACAUUUUUAGGUCAAUAAAAACCCACGUUAUUGAGAAAAGGCGAGACGGACACGUUUAAAGCCACACCGGAACUUUCCAGACAAAACCGUAACAUCUCCUCGUUUCCGUUUCCACCAGAAAAGUUACACAGUGCAGCUUUUAAAUUAUUCGUAAAGGAAUCAAUGUAAUGAAAGAUUUUUAAGUUCAAGUUCAAGAAGUUACGAUGAGGUCAAAUUUUCGUUUUGUAUUUCAACAUUUUAAAAGAAAAUCUCUUUUUGUGGUUUGAUUUUGGGUUUUUUGACCAAAAUUGAGAUUCAAAUUGAAACGCUAAAUCCAAAUUUCCAAAAAUUAAAGCAGUAACGCUGUAAAACUACUUUUUAAAGGCGCCGUACCUCAUUUUUACGGUCUUAAAAAAAACGCGAAAAACAAAACCGUUCAUUUCAAAUGGUUUUCAGUGCGCACAAACCAACUACUAGCAUGCUAAAGAACACUUCCUGAUACUACAAUUCGAUGCAGGCAGUACACAGCAGACGUAUUCUGACCUCAACAGCUGCUUUAGCAAUAAAAGCGCAAAGUUAAGACAAAUUUUGCGCAAAUAUUUGGGAAAAAAAAGUCCAACGCUGUUAAAAUUCAAAACAAAUUUGAAGUUUUAGUGACGAAACCAGCUCCGUCUUUUCUCUUCAUCUGAGUGUGUUUUGUAUUUGAACUUUUUUCUUGUUUCCAAAUCUCUGUUUUCAAUGAAGUACAAGUACAAGUACAAAUACUGCAUACCACAGUUGGACCACAGGUACUUCAAACUUCACAAAGGCCCAGGUCUCAGGAGUUAAAGCUUCUGUUGUCACGGUGCAAAUUUGGCUCAUUUUUGAAAUUUUAAUCCAUAAAAAAAUUUACGAAAGCGAUUAAAAAUGAUUAAGUGAUAAAGCUGUGUUGUUUUUGACGCCCCCUGGUGUCUGAGGAUAAAAUAAAAAAAAAUAGUAAAAGUAGAAAAAGUUGAAUUUGUGAUUUAAUUUUUGACUGAAACGAGAAACGGAAAUGUGCGAUUUGAGAUUUGACAAACAGUUUUUAACACUAAAAUCUGGGUCCCACUUCUGCAGUCCAGACCUCGGUCCAGACUCCGGUCCAGACUCCACCCCGGUCUCUAGUCCCGGUCCAGUCCUGGUCUUUAUUAGUGCUGUUCUGCUCCUCAAAAGGCGGUGGACCAGACGCCGGGCCUUGGUCCAGACUCCGGUCCAAACACCACCUCGGUCUUUAAGUCCUGGUCUUUAGUCCUGGUCUGCUCCUCAAAGGGCCUUGGUCCAGACUCUGGUCCAGACUCUGGUCCAGACUCCGGUCCACCCUGGUCUUUAGUCUUGACUCCGGUUCCUGGUCCAAACUCUGGUCCAGACUUUGGUCUUUAGUCCUGACUCCAGUCCCUGGUCCAGACUCUGGUCCAAACUCUGGUCCAGACUUUGGUCUUUAGUCCUGACUCCAGUCCCUGGUCCAGACUCUGGUCCAAACUCUGGUCCACCUUGGUCUUUAGUCCUAACUCCGGUCCCUGAUCCAGACUCUGGUCCAGACUCUGUUCCAGACUCCAGUCCACCCUGGUCUUUAGUCUUGACUCCGGUUCCUGGUCCAAACUCUGGUCCACCCUGGUCUUUAGUCCUGACUUUGGUUCCUGGUCCAGACUCUGGUCCACCCUGGUCUUUAGUCCUGACUCUGGCCCAGACUCUGGUCCAGACUCUGGUCCACUCUGGUCUUUAGUCCUGACUCUGGUCCAGACUCUGGUCCAGACUCUGGUCCAGACUCUGGUCCAGACUCUGGUCCAGACUCUGGUCCACUCUGGUCUUUAGUCCUGACUCUGGUCCAGACUCUGGUCCAGACUCUGGUCCAGACUCCAGUCCACCCUGGUCUUUAGUCUUGACUCCGGUUCCUGGUCCAGACUCUGGUCCAGACUCUGGUCCACCCUGAUAUUUAGUCCUGACUCUGGUUCCUGAUCCAGAUUCUGGUCUAGACUGUGGUUCACCCUCUGGUCCUGUUCCUAAAGGGCUCUAAUCCAGACCACGGUCCUAGGUCCAGACUCUGGUCCUGGUCUUCAGUCCUGCUCCUAAAGGGUGGUGGUCCAGACUCUUUGGUCCAGACUCUUUGGUCCAGACCCUGGUCCCGGUCUCCAGUCCUGCUCCUAAAGGGCUUUUUUUUCUCUUUCUCUCUGUGUUUUUCUCUGGUCUGAGUUUAGGGAUCACAGUUAAAGUCGUUGCACUUUUUGGUACGCUGUAAAAACGCCGUUGUUUUUCCUGUUUCUUUGCUCUUAGGCGAAAGCACAUGUGACACUUUUGUAUUUGACUGGCUUAAUAAAUCUAUUCUAAAUGUUA